AUGAGUAAGAUCAGGGAUAAAGAUAUUCAGUUUUUACUGGAUAUAGAAAUACCGAGUGAUUCAGAAGUAAGUUUUUGUGGAAGCGAUGAUGAUAUGGAGCAUGAAGAUGCAAUUAUAAUAGGGCCACAGGAAGAAGAUCAAAUCCUCAAAGAAAUCAAAGAAAUGGAAGAAUUUCAACGAAACAUGAUGACAGAAUUAGAGAAAGUAGAUGAAUGUAUUGCUAUAAAUGAUGAGGUAAUAGAUACAGACGAUUUAUUGAUAAAUCAGCCAAGUACCUCGUGGCAAAAUCAAGAUCAAUUUGAAACAAAUGUUGUUAAAAUUACAAGGUCUAAAAAUAAAUCUGUUGCCAAAGUAUCUACUUCACCUGUUCAAAGUAAGACCAAACAUUUCGUACCUAAAACUAAACGCCAUAACUAUAAAAAAAAAGUUAGAAAAACGAAGUGGUUUGCGGGUAAAGACAAUAAUUUUAGUAAUAAUGUUCCCCAAUAUUCCGGUGAAUACCAAAUAAACAUUAACCCUCCAGAUGCCACUCCAUAUUCUUUCUUCAAUCAGAUAUUUACCAAUAAUAUUUUUGAGCACAUAAAAGAUGAAACAAUUAGGUAUGCGAUUCAAAGUGGUAAAGAAAAUUUCAAACUGACGACAAAUGAGCUGAAGGUAUUUUUUGCAUUAAAUAUUGCUAUGACUUACAUUAAAUAUCCUAAUGUCAGAAUGUAUUGGUCAUCUUUACCUGGUAUGAGAAUGGAUUUAAUAGCAAAUAAUAUGACGGUAAAUAGAUUCUAUGAAAUUAAGCGUUUUCUGCAUUUCGCAAAUAAUGAAUCAAAACCAAACACGAAAGAUCCGUCAUCAGAUAAGUAUUGGAAACUUAGACCAAUACUAUCUAUGCUGCAUGAUUCUUUUCAUGCUGCUGCAACUCCAGAGGAGAAUGUAGCAAUUGAUGAGAUGAUGGUGCCUUUCAAAGGUAGAAGUAGUCAAAAACAAUAUUUAAAAUCAAAACCAAAGAAAUGGGGGUUUAAAGUUUGGGUCAUGGCUAACUCUGAUGGUUACGUUAACUGUUUUGAACUGUACCAAGGUGCUUCAAAUACCUCAAUAAAAUCACACUAUGGUCCUAUUAGAGAUACGGUUAUAAGGCUUUGUCAUGGCUUAAUAGGCAAAAACCACAAGUUGUUUAUGGAUAAUUUAUUCACGUCAGUUCCAUUACUUCGCCACCUAAGAGACCAACAGAUUUUGGUACUGGGUACUUUAAGACUCAACAGGGUAUCUGGUAUUAAGGAUCAUUUACUAGAUGGUAAAUAUUUACAAAGAGGAUGGACAUCAUUAGCAACUUCUAAUGAUAAUAUAACAGUUCUUCGUUGGCAAGACAAUAAAUUAGUACACACUAUCUCAACAUACGCUGGUGCUGUUCCCGAAGACAAGGCAAAACGAUUUGAUAGAAAAUCAAGAACAACAAUAGAAAUAACUCGACCAUAUGCUAUAAGCGAAUAUAAUCGAUUCAUGGGUGGUGUGGAUAUUAUGGACCGCAUGAUAGCACAUUAUCCGCAUGUGCAAUUUAAGGCAUCGUUAGUUUGGACAUUAUUACAAUUGGGCAAACAAAGUCCAAAAAGAGGAAGAAAAUCAGACUCAUUUACUCAGCUGCCACCGAAAAAAAAACCAACUUGA